AGACCAAUCACCGUUUUCCAGCAGUUUGAACAAGAAGCGGGUUUGGAUUAUUCCGAUUUAUAACAAGACAAGAAAAAGAUAAAGCUAGCAACUAUGGAUACAGGCUAAAACUGUUAUUACUCUUGAGUUAGUUGAGAAUUAGUUCUUCGGUUACGCUUUAUUAAAAUCGUUGUAGUGGUUUUGUGGUUUUGCACAGUCAACGGUCGAUAUAUAAACCUGUCAGACUGCGGCUUACUCCUGUGUGCUCUAGCCGCGGUAAAUCUCCAUUUGUAGUUUAUAAAAGUUUUACCUUUUGGCACGGUUGUAGCUGGGAAGUCAAACAUGAAGCCAGUAAAGCCGCUAUAUCUGAAGACAUACGGGAAACAGAGGCGGAAGGUGUCCGCCUGGAUCUCACCUGAAGACCGCAAGCAGGCCUUCGACAGCACCCCGUCCUCCUCGGAUGUCUCCGUCUUUGAGCCCUCCAAACCUCAGAGGAUAAGGGAAAAGCGCACCAACGCUGUGAGUGACAGAACCGUUCGUCCUGCCAAGAAGAAAGCAAUCCUUUGUCUGACUGAGAAGAGUGUGCAUGAAGGGGACAUGAGCAAUGAGGAGAACGCGCCUCCUCUCCCUCCACCUGCUCAGCAGAGCAGGACAGCCAGAAGGAAGAAGAGUAGUGUGGCCAGUUGUAGAGCAGUGCGUCCUGCCAAAAGAAAGACCAUAAGUCGUAUAACGGAGACUAGCAGCGAUGAGGAGAACAGCAGGAUGCUCGCUCCACCUCCUCCUUCUGUAUUAACUCAGCAGAGCAAGACAACCAGGACCAGCCGGCUUGUGUCUGGACACAGAGUUUUGAUGAAGCGGAGGGGCCAGCAGGUUUCUGUCACCACGGAGAGUGAGGAAGAAACGUCUGCACCAAAAGGCCACAGAAAUUCAGAUAAAAUGAGGACAAACUCAAAUGUUUAUCCUCGUUCUGCAGGCCGGUUUGUAACCCAACGUAGAAGAGCCGCUGCCAUAGUCCCCAAAGCAUCUGUCAGUAUACUCAGCUCCUCAGAUGACUUCACUUCUACGGAUUUUCCUUACAGCAGGCCUUCCAGGAAAAGAAAGAUGCCUCCGGCAUUGGGGCCAUCAAGUGCGGAGAACUCAAUGAGCGCUCCCUUCCGAGAGAUAUCUCUCAACGAGUUGGCAGAUUGCAGUCUUGGACCCUGCCCCAGGAAACCCAUCUUUUGCUCUACACCAUCAGCAGGCUCCUUCAGCAAACGCGGGAAGCUUAAACCAUUUUCAGUCAACGAUCUGUCCUGCACUCCUCCAUCCAUGUCAGUAAACGGCAUAGUCUCCCCACCAGAUUGUUCGCUUCACUGCCAGCAGAUAGACACAGACCUACCUGACCACAUAGAACCAUCUAUUGAUUUAUUUUCAGAGCCCAAAAGAAGAAGUGAAUCAAAGUCUAAGAAUGAAGGCGAAUUACAGAGUGCAAAUCUGCUGUCUGCAGACAGUGGCAGCAGCAGUCAGUUUGUAUCAGCUGCAGCAGGAGGGUUAGAUUGGCUGAUCGAGACUCUGAAGGAGAAAUGUUUGUCCACACGCUGCACAGUGCCGCUGGAGAAGUUAGACUUGUUGGCUGAGCCGAGCAGUGAAACAACCUACUCAUCCUGUCUGGGACAUUCAAGCUCACUGCACAGCCGACAAACGAACGAACAGCCUGUGGACAGCGGCGAAGGGGUCGAUCUGUCAGAGUCUUUAAAAGCAUCGUUUUGUCUUCAUGUAUCAGGUACAGUCAAUGAUACCGGUGAUAGUUUUGACCAAGAAGCUUCAGUGAGUCAGAGUUGCAGCACUAACAUUUCUCCAUUAGUUAACUCUAAGCAGUCAGUUGAACACUCGACCGCAUCACCUAUGGAGCAGUCAGAAUCGGUACUUUAUGUUCAGUCUAUUCACCACACAGACAGCAGCUCUGAGAUUAUAAUGAGCACACAUUUGGAGUCCAGCAGCACCGUGCAGACAGUGGAAGGCAAGGCUAUAGUGGCAAAGAGUAAAAGUCUUACUAAGAGAUGCUCAGUCCAGAUGAAGAACCUGGUUUUGUCACAAGAGCAACUAAAAGGCUUCUCAAAGCAGACAGAGGAAGAUUCGGGCAAGACACAAUCAGCCAAGACAGAAUGUGCAGCAGAUCUCACAGCAGGGCUGAAGGAGAAAUGUCUAACAGACAAACUUAUUGUUGGGAUAAAGAGAGUAAAUUUGUCACAGUUGAAAGAAAUUCUGAGGCCCAAAGGUACUCUGCAAAAACCAGCCGGAGAUGUGCCCGACUCAGCUAGUGACGACCAGACAAAGACGGACCACUUGCCCGAGAGCGAUGACAGUAAAGAGACGACUGCCUCGAAAGCCAGCGUGAAGAAUGAACGUUUGACUACUUCUGAGGAUGAGACCGCCUCAGACAGAGAAGUUGUAAAGAAGAGAAAAAAGAUGCCCGUGGCUCAGAAGGAAAAGAAACAGCGGAGCGCAUCCGCAGACCGCCCUGGGACGAUGAGAAAGGCGUGCGUGAGCGGCAUGAGCGUGAGCCGCUGGAAAAACAAAGGCAACGCCAGCACGCACGUGAUCAGGAGCAGGGCUGCAGACUGUAGCAUCAAUGAGAUGAUCCCCUCACAGCACAAGCAGCCAAGGGAGUUUUUGGGCUCUACCAUGAAUUUCUCCACCCCGGUGAAAGCAAGUCGGCUCAACCUCUCGUCCCUGCUGGCUGAUUUCACACCGAACACGAAAACCUGGAGCCGGAUCAAAGCUGCCCUCUCUGUUCAUCGCAAAGGCUUGGUGCUGCUCACUCCGAGGAGUUUACGUCAAUCAGCGUCGGGCUCUCCUGGGAGGACGGACAGUGCUGAUCUCAGUCGGGAUCUCUUUACCACACCCUUACGGACGCCACUCCCCAAGCGGCUCCGGUCACAGCUGCUGGACCAGCAUUCCCUGGUUUGUGAAGACGCAGACCUGUCAGAUGCAGAGAAGGUGUAUGCUGAAUGUGGCCAGCAGCAUCCUCUGCGCUGGGAAGAGUGCAUUCUCCCCCAGCGUAUGAAGCAGUGUCUGAAGAUUGGAGAGGGCACCUUUGGUGAAGUCUUCUCCACCAACAACGAAUCAGGAGACACCGUCGCCCUCAAAAUCAUUCCAGUAGAGGGGAGCGAGAAGGUGAACGGAGAGGACCAGAAGACCUUUGGAGAGAUUCUCCAUGAAAUUAUUAUCUCUAAGGAGCUGAGCAGCCUCAAAGAGAAGCAGCACAACCAGACCCAUGGUUUUAUUGGACUCAAAGAUCUUCACUGUGUUCAAGGCUGCUACCCUGCAGAUUUCCUGAAAGCGUGGGACACAUUUGACCAACAGAAAGGCUCAGAGAACGACAGACCAGAUUUCUUUGAAAAUGACCAAAUAUUCAUAAUCCUGGAGUUUGAGUUUGGUGGCAUCGACUUGGAGAACAGCAACGGAACGUUGGCGUCUUUAGCGGUGGCGAAGAGCAUCCUUCACCAGGUUACUGCUGCCUUGGCUGUUGCUGAGCAGGAGCUUCACUUUGAACACAGGGACCUGCACUGGGGAAAUGUGCUGGUCAAAACAACCAAGCAGAAGACAGGGAGCUUCCUCAUCAAUGGAACGACCCACUCUCUGGAAACCAGAGGGGUGCUGGUUCGCAUCAUUGACUAUUCUCUCUCCAGACUAGAAAUCGAUGAUUUGACGGUGUCCUGUGAUAUCUCAAAUGAUGAAGAGCUCUUCAUGGGACAGGGAGACUACCAGUUUGAGAUCUACAGACUCAUGAGACAGGAAAACGGAAAUAACUGGGCUGCUUACCACCCUCAUACCAACGUACUGUGGCUCCACUACCUUUGCUCCAAGCUGCUUUCCAUGAAGUACCGCGGCUCAGGGGGGAGGAGCGCCAAGGACGUGCGAGAGGAGCUGACUGGUUUCUAUGACAAUGUCCUCCAGUACAGUUCAGCCACAGAGGCGUUGCAGAGCUGCCCCAUGUUCCAGUAGCACGAGGAUUCACGCAAAGUGUGAGGAAGCUCACACAGAGACCGUUUCAGCAUGAAGAGGGUGCAAUGUUUCUUCACGCUCGUCCUCUGUUAAGUUAAGACAGUGUUCCCAGUUGACGCGCCGGCACAGAAGAGUUACUUGGAGUGUAGUGCAGACAAUGCUGUCAUAAAAUGACUGAAGAUUAUAUAUUGGUGGUCAGUGGAGCUUCUUUAUGUUGUUAUUCUAAUAAAUCCAUUCACUUGUUUUUUGCAUCCUAAGUAUAAAUUUUGAAAAAAAUUAUCAUGAUAAAUUUUUCUUUCUUAAUCUUGUAGCAAUGUGGUUCAGUGUUUGCAGUCUGCAUUGGUUCUUAAUCUGUUACUUGGUAUAAAUUAAUCACCACCUACUACAACUAAUUCACUAAUUUAUCAAGCAAACAUGGCCAGGUUUCAGCUUUUCUUUCAUUUUUUUUCUCUAGUUAGUUAAUGAUGAAACGGUUCACAAACAUGUGAUGUGAUUUCAUUUGAAAAGCAGAAGGGCCACAAGUGGAAAUAGAGAAGAUUAGAUCUCAAAAAUAUGGUAUGUAAAUGUAGUGUAAACGGAACGUUUAACAGGUAAAUCUGGCAGAGGAUUCACUUCUGUGUGAAGCGUUAUAAUCAAUAAAUGCACAUUUUAAGGGUUCUGAAUGUUUUUAUAUAAAAUAAAAGUCUGUAAGAAAAUGUAAAAAAUGAAGCAUGUUAAGUUGAUAUGUUAUUAUAGCGUACCAGGGUAUUUAGAUUUAUAAUUGUU